AUGGCGGAAGACGGCCCGCAGCUCACGCCCGUGGGGGAGAAGUCCCUGCCGGCAAAAUGCAAGACCAGCACCAUGGCGUAUUGUCCCACGAUGGACUUGAUUGCGCUGGCUACCGAGGAUGAUGAGCUUCGUGUCUUCAGAUUGAAUGGGCAGCGGGUGUUUGGGGGCUCGUUUAAAGGUGAUCCCUACCUCGGCGAGGAUGAGGAGGACGGCGAGAUUCGCGGGCUGAUCUGGAAGGGAAAUGGCCGACUCCUUGCCGUCGCUUGUGGUGAUGGCUCGGUCCGCAUUAUCAGCUCGUACAGUGGAAAGACAGUCCACCACUACCCCGCGUACCAGCUACAGUGCGAAGAAGCCUCGAGCCCAGCUGAACGGCCCAUGCCCAAGGCAACCUGUCUGGGGUGGGGUGUCAAUUUCACCGACAGCAAAGCGGCGCAAAAGCACCUGCGCGAUGCGGCCGGCCAGCUCUCCGUCGACGAUCUGUUGACACCGGGGAUACAGCCGUCCAAAGUGGCUGCUUUUCUCAAGGCCGACUUGCCGAGGGAGCUUGCCUUGCUGGACAUCGAAAGCUCACUGCCCAAGCUGAGUACUCUGCCUGCGACAGGAGGCGAAGAUGACCUGUUUAGCUCCCGGACCUCCAUUGAUGCUAUCUUCCAUUCAUCGGUGAAAGACACGAGCGACUCGGUGGAUGUGCUCUUUGUCGGAUUCGAUGAUGGCAAUGUCCACCUGCGUAUCUUUGACUGUUUCGAGAUAGGCUCGUUCCCCGUCGGCGACGCUGCCGGCCACGCUGGAUCGUACCAGAUUCUCCGCCACGCUUCACAUCCUUUGAGCUCCACUCAUGCCAUGUUGGCAACAUCCUCUUUGGAUCAAGGCCCAUCGCCGCUCAACUUGGUCACUCUGGAUUUGCGCUUUAUCACCAAGUCAGGCAGAUACCUGUCUCUGCUGGCGUCGAAGACUACCCAACUUCAGAACUUGCUCCGGUAUAUUGGCCAGGUGCAGCGGCAGAUUGAGCUCGAAUGGAAGAAUGCACAGGAGCUUCCGGCUCGCUUUUUGCGCAGUGUCAGUGAAGACCUGCAAGAGAAAUGCCAGUGCGAUUUCAUUACUGCGAUCUAUCACUUGGUGGUUACGGGUCACUGUUUCGAGCCGAUGAAAGAAUUUCUUGUGGAUAUUGUCGGGGAAAGAGGAUACAAAAGAUGGGAUAAAGCAGUCGCGGGCGGCUACGAAAGCAUUCGCCGAUUAACCCACGAGUGCCUUCUUCCGGCCCUCGAGCGGAGUCAAGUGCUCCUUAGUCGACUGGUGGGACUAUCCAAAUUCCACAAGCUCAGUGGUGUUCUCGGGCUGGACACGCCAAAGCUAAAUGCCAUCGUCGAGACACUGGAUUGCCUUCAGCUUCUCUCCCACCGGAUUCUUAGCCACGCUAAUCAGGAGCUGGAGCAAUUCUGCGCUUUCUCCCGAUGGUUGUACCACGAAAUCCAUGUUCUCAACAGCGAACCUCUGUCCCAAUCCCUCGAAGAACUACUGGAGAAGAGGAACUUGUUUGACAUUCCUCCCACCGUCAAGUAUAUCACCGGGGCAUUGACCAAAAGCGCAUUACGCAGCUCUAUCCGCCAACUCCCUAUGAUCGGCGUGGCUCCGCCUCCCCCAUCUGCCACCGAUAAGUGGCUUCCCGAUGGCCAUGACCAGUCCUUCUACGACACCUUCAAGUCCCUCUUGCAGCAGCAGCGGCAGGCCCAGAUUGAAGGCGGGGAUGGCACUUCAGUGGAUGCACCAAAGCUCCAUGAUCUGACGAAGAGAUUGGGAGUCCAGUUCGACAAGGUCUUUGGUGAGAUUGCGUUGACGCAGCGCAGGGGUAUCCUCCAUCGGUCUCCCCUGACGCUUCACUCGGACUGUGAUCCCAGUCUUGUGGAUCUUAUGGUUUGCUAUGAGGAUGCUGAGGAGGGACAGCCGUGCUCCCUAUAUGUUGUUACUAGGUCGACCACUGAUAAAUAUCUGGUCUACAUCUACCGCGUGACCCUGGAAUCUAUCAACGGCGUUAGUUCGACACACAGCACCUCUCUUGCGGUCCUCAGCCUCCAGCAAGGCGAAGUCCGCCAAGUACAAUUUGUUGAUGACAACACGCUGGUGAUUCUCUGGACUAACAAGGCAGGAUUCUCCUGCCUACUCAACUUCCCCUUCCAACCAGCAACUGCUCAAAAUCAACCCAAGUAUACCGAUCCACCACCCCUGGUGCUUGAUUACGUGGAAAUCGAUAGCAAUCCAUCCUCUCCCAAGCCCGCGGUACCAGCGACAACCCUUGAUCUCUCGUCGGAGUCACAUGCAAGCGCACUAAGGCAUGUGUUUGCUUCAUCAGGAACGAAGGCAAGACCAGUCCACCUGGAUGUGAAUGGACGGAAGGGCCGCCGGGCAGUGUGUGUCUUGUAUGGAGAUGCGAUGCGGUACGAUGUCCUGGACCUGGACGCGGCGAUCGACGUGGACGAGGAGCCGGAGAUGGUCACAGGGAAUGAGGAUUAA